AUGUCUGCAGUCAAGGGAGUUUCUGCACCCGUCUACUUCGGAUCAUUUCUGGUGACUCCGCAAGUAAUAUCCCCUUCUUGCGGGCUCAAUCGCUUAACGCACGUCGAAACUAACCUGGGCCCACUUUCAAAACAGGUCUUUCACCAAACACCUCUCUCCUUCGCGCUUGUCAACCUGAAGCCUAUUCUACCUGGUCAUGUCCUCGUCUCGUCCCGCCGUGUCGUUCCUCGUAUCACAGACCUCACCCCUGCCGAAACAAGCGACCUCUUCUUAACUGUCCGGCGCGUCGGCCGAAUGGUGGAGCGGGUCUACGGCGCUGCAAGCCUGAAUAUUGCCGUGCAGGACGGCGUGCAUGCCGGCCAAAGCGUGCCGCAUGUACAUGCCCACAUAAUUCCCCGCAAGCCUGCGGACCUUGACCCGAUAGAUGCUGUCUACGGCAUGCUAGGCGGCGAGGACGGAGAUGUGGGCAAGGCACUCCGCGAAACACAGACGGGCAGACAUACAAACUCCGAGAGUCCGAAGAAGCGAACGCGAUUUCCCGUUGUCGACAACGAAGCACGCAAGCCACGCUCCGCCGAGGAGAUGCAGACUGAGGCCGAAAUGCUGGGGCGCGAGAUGGAGAAGGAGGCGCUUGACUAA